UACUUUCUAAGAGAAAUAAAGUGAGUAAAAAUGGCUGAAACCGCUACCGAAGUUGUUGCUGCGGCGCCUGUUGCUGCCUCUCCGGCCAAGGCCCCAAAGAAGGCCAAGGCUGCCAAGAGCGGCACUGCGAAACCGAAAAAGCCAUCGACCCAUCCGCCAGUGAACGAUAUGGUUCUAGCUGCCAUCAAGACCCUGAAGGAACGCAACGGUUCAUCGCUGCAGGCCAUCAAGAAAUACAUCGCCGCCAACUAUAAGUGUGACGUCGCCAAGCUGGCUCCAUUUAUCAAGAAGGCUCUGAAAUCGGGCGUCGAAAAGGGAAAGCUUUCCCAGACUAAGGGAACUGGCGCUUCCGGAUCGUUCAAGGUUAAGGCCGACGCUAAGAAACCGGCUGGUGAGAAAAAACCGAAGAAGGCUGCUGCCGCCAAGAAGCCCAAGAAGGCUGCUGGAGAGAAAAAAGCGGCUGCCAAGAAACCAGCUGGCGAGAAGAAGGCUAAGAAGCCGAAAGCUGCUGCCGCUAAGAAAUCUGUGGCGAAGAAAGCCAAGGCAGCCCCUGCAAAGGCCGCCAAGAAGGAAGCUGCUCCCAAACAGAAAGCCACCAAACCAACGAAAGCCGUAACAAACAAGCCGAAGACCCCGAAGCCAAAGAAGGCCGCACCAGCCAAGAAAGCUGCCCCAAAGAAAGCCGCCGCCAAGAAGUAAAUUCAAUUGAUACCGAAUAUUGCUUUUAUUGGCUCAACAUAAUCUCAAAAAAGAGUCCUUUUCAGGACUACCAAAUACCUCUCCAAAGAAUUUGAUAGAUAUUUUUCCAUCGAAUAACGAAUGCUUCAACAAACAUUA